AAAGACGCAGCCUAGAGUCUCACAGGACUUGGGAUUUCUUUCAGCGAAGAUGCUUGCUUCCUGACCCUAGUCGCUCCUUUUUUUGAUCGACCAGCAACAGAAAAAUGGCAAGACUCGGCCGUGGUGGCUUUCUAGCCCUCGCCGUAGUCUUCCAUUUGACUUACAUCUUGUCCAUAUUCGACAUCUAUUUCGUCAGCCCCAUUGUCCAUGGCAUGAAACCUUUUGCCCUAGAGCAAGAAAAGUCACCAGCAAAGCGCCUGGUCUUGUUCGUGGGCGAUGGAUUACGCGCUGACAAGGCCUUUCAAUCAUUCCCAGAUCCUUCGCCCUCAGACCCUGCCAAUGCAGACCUCUCCCCCAGACCACUCGCUCCCUUUCUCCGCUCUCGAGUACUUGAACAUGGGACAUUUGGGGUCUCUCAUACCCGCGUCCCUACCGAGUCCCGACCGGGCCAUGUUGCUCUGAUUGCAGGAUUAUACGAAGAUGUCUCUGCGGUUACUACUGGUUGGAAACUCAACCCGGUGGAUUUUGACAGCGUCUUCAACAGGAGCACCCAUACUUGGAGUUGGGGGAGCCCGGACAUCCUGAGCAUGUUCAAAGAAGGUGCUGUCCCGGGACGUGUGGAUGCAGAUGAAUAUCCUGAAGACUUUGAGGACUUCACCCAAGAUGCCACGGCACUCGAUUAUUGGGUCUUCGACAAGGUCAAGGAUAUGUUCCAGUCGGCCAGCACAAACGCUACCAUCAAUGCGGCCCUUCGACAAGAGAAGGUUGUCUUCUUCUUGCAUCUCCUCGGUCUCGACACAACAGGUCAUUCCUAUCGACCGUAUUCGAAAGAAUACUUGCACAAUAUCAAGGUCGUUGACCAAGGAGUGGAGGAAAUCACCAAGCUUAUCGAUGACUUUUAUGGAGAUGACAGCACUGCCUACGUGUUUACCGCAGACCACGGAAUGAGUGAUUGGGGUAGCCAUGGAGAUGGGCACCCAGACAAUACAAGAACACCUCUCAUUGCCUGGGGCGCCGGCGUUGCCCCUCCACAGAUCUAUCCUGACGGGAAUGCUCCUGGUCAUGAAGAUGGGUUCUCUUCUGAUUGGGGCUUGAAUAAUAUUCGAAGACACGAUGUUCAACAGGCGGAUAUUGCUGCUUUGAUGGCAUAUCUCGCAGGGAUGGAAUUUCCAGUCAACUCUGUCGGGGAAUUGCCUCUGCCGUAUAUUGCAGCCACACCAGGAGUCAAGGCCAAGGCAGCUUUGACUAACACUCGGCAAGUUUUGGAAAUGUACAGGGUCAAGGAAGAACAAAAGCAAGCAACUGCUCUCAACUUUAAACCAUAUCCGGUUUUCUCCCGCACCAACUCAACCGCUACAGAUCGUAUAAUCGCCAUCGAGACCGCAAUUUCUCAAGGGCGCUACGAGGCAGCAAUUGAGAUCUCGGCCGAUCUUCUCCAGCAUGCCAUUCAAGGGUUACGCUACCUCCAGACCUAUGAUUGGCUGUUUCUUCGCACGUUGAUUACCUUUGGUUAUCUCGGCUGGAUCAUCUACGCCCUUACGACGGUCAUUGAUCUGCAUGUUUUACAUGGGGCAGUGUCUGAUGACAGGACGCUGGCUUCAGUGGUUACGUUUUCCUCUUUGCUGGUGCUGUUGUACUCAUCCUUCAUCAUUGACCGGUCACCAGUCACAUAUUACGCCUAUGCCUUCUUCCCUGUCUUCUUCUGGGAGGAGAUUUUCGCUAGAAGGAAAGGCUUGAUCGCAGGUCUCAAAGUGCUCUUUGGUCAUGUUCGGAAUCCUUCAGACUAUAUCUCAGUCUUUCUUCAAGCUUCAGCCUUCCUGCUCAUUCUUGAAGCAUUUGUCCAAUCAUACUUCCACCGGACAAUUCUCACCGUAUGCUACGUCAUUGGCGCCAUUUAUCCCCUGGCAUAUGGUGCGAAAUUCAUCAAAGAUCAUCUCUUCCUAUUCAUCUCUUGGAUGGUGGGCUGCAUUGUGUUGAGCACAUUUACACUUCUAGAAGCCAACAAGACUGAGAGCGCCAAUACUAUCACAGCGGGAGGCGUCUUGAUGGCUGGAGCCGGUGUUUUUUAUCUCUUGUUCGAAGAUCGCAUCACGUCACAGUCAAGAUCUGCCAAAAAUCACGAAUCGAAUGCCACUCAAACAUCUCGCCUUCUGAUGGGUGUGCAGGUGGGUAUCAUUCUACUUACCAUUGUGGUUACACAUUCCAGUUCGAUGUCGAUUCAAGCGAAGAAAGGACUGCCAUUUGGGAACCAGGUGGUCGGAUGGCUUGUUCUCAUCACAUCUCUGAUCUUGCCUUUUGUGCAUCGCAUCGCCCCCAACAAACAUUACCUCCAUCGUUUGGUGGUCAUAUUUCUCGCCUUCUCGCCUACAUUUGUUCUUUUAACGAUAUCCUACGAGGGGUUCUUUUUCGUUGCAUUCUGUGCCACUCUUCUUACUUGGGUGCGGCUAGAGACGGCCAUCCAACAGUUCGAAACAGCCGGAUCCGGCGGCACCGACACUACAACCUCAAGCAUCUCGCAUGGUGUGACGAUAAACUCAACAACGCCUCAAUCAGCGAAUCUUGGGCCGGAAGCUACCUUCCGCACGGUUGCUCUGUCGGACAUCAGACGAGCACUUUUCUUCCUUUUUUUCCUCCAAUCCGGAUUCUUCUCAACGGGCAACAUUGCAUCAAUAUCGAGUUUCAGUCUCGAUGCUGUAUAUCGUCUAAUUCCGGUUUUUGAUCCUUUUUCGCAAGGGGCAUUGUUGUUGUUUAAAAUCAUGGUACCGUUUGCUAUUAUCUCAGCGGCCCUGGGGAUUCUGAACCGACGACUGGGUCUGCAAUCCUCGGCGUUGUUUAUGGUGGUGAUGGCUAUUAGUGAUGUUAUGACCAUGAACUUUUUCUGGAUGGUCAAGGACGAGGGGAGUUGGUUAGAUAUUGGAACGACUAUCAGUCACUUUGUGAUCGGGAGCGGUCUCUGUGUGUUUGUAUCUGGGUUAGAAGGUGUGAGUGAAUUGUUGAUCAGUGGUGUUGAAGUUGAAGGGUUCCAGGCACAGGUGAGAGAACAAGGUGGAGUUGAGAAAGUGCCCAAUGGUGUAAAGAGUAAAUAGACGAGUUGGGAGGUAUCCCUUGGGCAUAUUAGAUCUCAGAAGAGAUAGACGGUACAAAAUCUGUCAUCUUCACUCGCUGAUAUGGUAGCACAUGAGCACCAAGUC